AUGUGGGCUUGCGAUGUCGAUGGGUGCACGAAGCAGUUUGCUCGGGAAGCUGAUUUGAAGAGACACAGAAAAACGACUAGAGCUCAUUCCAUUGCAAGCUUUGCAUGUCCUCAUUGUAAUGCUACCUUCACACGGGCAGACGCCCAAAGACGACACCAAAAGUCGAGGCAUAGCGACGAUCUACCAGCUGAACCGCCUAGCAGUAAAGAUCCACCCGCAAAGCCCUCCCCAAAGGCCAAACCACCAGCGAUGAGCUGCCCCCCUGAACCUCGCCCUGUAGGCACAGGCAACAACAACUACUACCGUGCUCACACGGCAGAAAUAACUCCCAACCCCGAAGUCACUGAAAGAGCCUUAUCCGUCGCCCCAGGCCAAUCCUCCUCCUCCAAUCCCCAUUACACCCCCUCCCCACACUACCGCCAACCCACGACGGAACCUAAACCAGAGACCCGCAAAUCCCGGAGGACUCGGUCGUCUGCGAAAGCCUCUGCCCUUGGUUCGGGAUCGGGCGCGACCUCCAUUUCCACCACCGCCAGAAGGAAUGCAGCGAAAUCUAAACGGGGCUCGUCCGUACCUGUACCUUCGCUACCACCCCUCAGCGCGACAUCUACCACUGUCACUGCUGUAUCGGCCUCGGCGUCAACGUCUGGAUCUACAUCUCUAUCGGAGAGUUCACCAAGACCUUCUCCGAGUCCUAUCUCCCCUCUCCGGGUCCACCACCCCCAGGAGAACAACUUCAACGGCAUACUACACGCAUCGAGCUCCAGCUCAAACCAGAACUCGAGCUCGAACUCGAAUCUACCCAUCAUCAUCGAUCCGAGCGUCACACUACCCAUAAACCCGGAUCUAGGCUCCAUAGAGGAGGAAAUCGACCUCCUCGCUCAUACCAAUAUGAAUAAUGGAUCUCUAAUAGGCUCCUCAAUGCCAUUGUCAAUGGAGUAUUCCUCCAAAUACUCACCUUUCCACCAUCAACAACGAGGCCACCAUCUUCCACCAGGGAUGGACGUCAUGCUGGUAGACGUGGACUCGAUAUCAGACGGUCAUGAUCCAGAGGACGAUAUGGCGGAUCUCAACUCGGACUCCGUCACCCAAUGGGGUGAGGUGAAAGGCAAGGAAGGGUUGAACGGGGAUGUAAAUGGGGCUCGGGACAGGGAUAGGAGCGUGAUGCCUGGCGGGCCCGGAGAUGGCUUGCUACGCGACUAUUCGGGCUCCCUGCAACCCGAUACCACUAUCGACCAACUCUUUGGCCAUGAUGGAGAAUCAAUGCUCCAUUCAGACUUCCUCUUGGAGAACCCCAUAUACGAUCCGGGGCCAACAUAG